CAGGUCGGGUACGCCUGACUCCAUGCUCAACCCUGGUCACGGCCCCACAUUUGGCUGCUCCAAGUAAAACGCAGCGCAGCCGCGCUCGCGUGUCGCCAUUUCGAGCAAAGCGCGAGAUUCGAUCAUUCAAACGGGUUUGCUUCCAUUAUGUUGCGAAUAGCGAGGAAAAUCUCUGACUCUCAAAGUGCUUCUUUUUCUGUUUUUGAAGACGUUGUAUACAAGAGCGAACAAGAGCCUAAGAGACGCAGUAUUCAAGUGCAAACUGAGAUAUCCUGCGACAACGCCGAACUUUCUACGGAGGUGUCCAUCCAAAAUGAUCAGUCAAAAAGUGCCAGCGAACCUGCUGAUAUCGUUUUUUGGCGUGCAGUGGCGACACAAAGAGCUGGCGAGCUAGAUAAGCUUCGGGAGGAUAUCGAGGAGGUUCGUGCACAGAUCGAGCAAAAUGUGAAGGAAAAGCAUGAAUUAGAUGAGAAACACGAUGCUCUCUACAGUCAAAUGGAAGCUAUAAUACAGAAUUCCUACUCGGAAGACGUUCUAGAUGGAGGCACUUAAGCUCGUUGAGGAAUUCGUCUGCAGUCUACAUUAACAAAUGAUAUGGUUCAUCUUCCACUUGUUGAAUCAGAUUUGCAUGCGCAAUUUCGCGUUAAUUCAGGUAAGUUUUCACGGUUUUGGAAGUGAGCCUUUUUUCGCGAACCUGGCAAUACUAUUCGUAUAGCAUGCUGUUUCUUCCUUAACGCCU